UCAUGUUAUGGAUGAGAGAGACAUUGAUCAUGCAUUCUUGACCAAGCUGGCGAAAGUUGCGACAACAGAGAUGAUCUCUUCUAAGGUCGUUUCUUACCCACUUUGCCUCUUUUGGAGCAUUUUGCAAAAUCAAUUCUAAGUGAAUGGAAGUGUUCAAUGAUGUUAUAUGCCAACCCACUAGUACCCAACGUUACGAUUUUGGUAUCCCAUAAUUAGAGAAACAAAAUGCAACAUUUUGAGUGACACUACAACACAAAUGCAUUUUAGAUGAGAAGUAAGGGAGAGCGGGAACUGUCACACGUGUAUGACUAGGCUCGACUGUUUUUUUUUUUUCGAUCAUAUAUAUGACUAGGAGGAGCCCUCUCAUCGGUCACAUAAAUAACCUAAGCAUCAGAUGUGUGCAAGUAUUUGUGGAUGAAUGCAGGAAACAGAGGAAAUGAGUUAAGUUAUGAGAGUUCCUUCAAGAGUUUUCUUGAAGCAUUCUUGGGUUUUACAUUUGUGGGGAAGAUUUGAGAAUGCACGCGUUGGACCUAAUGUCAGAGAGACGGAAAAUUAGAAUUGCACCAUGGUGAGAGAAAAUGUCGAAGUGGAUGAAUCACGCUACCAUGUCUACUCUUCGUAUCUAUUGGGCUAUCUAAUUUCUUGUUGUGGCCAAGGUCAAGGGGUGCAAUGAAAAUGUGAUGAGUUUCAACUAAUGGUGGAAAUCAGACUGUGCAUACUUGUUUCAAGUAAUGAAGGUCAUCAAUCAAAUGAUUGUUGUAGCUCCAGAGUUAGAUAACUAAAAUUUGUGGGGUUUGUUUCAUGGUGGCUUUGGCAUUGUGGCAUUCAUACUCUAGCCGAACAAUUGGAGGGCAUUUGAUGCGGACUGCUUUUCGAAGCCAGAACUUUUUACCCAGAUAUCUCUUUUGGAAGGUUUCAAACCUUGAAUUGACGAUCUCUUUGAGAUAUACAACCUCAUAAUUUGUCUUUUUGUGAUCAUAACAUGAUAGAGUCAACAUGGGCAGGAGUUCUUUGCUUGGAGUGCAUACUUCCCAAGAGACUUUGGAACAGUUAGCUGAUUUGCUGGGAUGCAAGAUGGGGAAAUUCCAGUGUAGAUAUUUGCGCUUUAUCUAUUUGCAGGAACAACAAAAGCAUCUGUGCACCAUGUGAUUGAAAGGGUGGGAAAAAGGUUGGUCCCUUGGAAAGGUAUGUUUCUUUUGAUGGUUGGUAGUGCAGCAUUUACUGAGGCAACUUUGAGCUCCAUCCCUAUAUAUUUUCUCUCUCCUAUGAGCUCCACUUUCUGGAGUACAAAAGUUGGGGAGGAUACAGAGGCAAUAUCUGUGGCAGGGGGAAGAACGACAUGCCCAAAAUUGAUCUAGUCAAGUUGGAAGAUGUUUGUAAGCCUAAACAAGUAGGUGGUUUAGGGUUAAGUAUGUGAAACAAAUCAACGAGGUAUUGCUAGGAAAAUGACGUUUUGGUCUUUUGGAGAAGGGUAAUUAAUGCAAACUAUAGAAACAAAAUUGAGGAGCUAAAAUGCAAAAUAUAAGAAGGUAUUUGAGGACAUCAAGUUAUGGCGUGGUAUUUCAUCAGCGUCAAAAUCAUUUUGGGAUGGGAUUUGAAUCAGAAUUGGUAGUGAUUAUCAGACUUUGUUUUGGAGCUAUGGAUGGGGUGGGGACACACCUUUUCGAGGGCAAUCCCCUAAUCUUUAUCGGGUGACCCAAGCACGGGAGGCAAGGGUCUCCGAAUGCUAUAAAGGGUUUCUUGGGCCAUGACAUUUAAAAGAAACCUGGACGAUUUGAAGACUAUGGAACCAUGUGUGCUUUUUGACUGUUUGAACUCAGUUUGUUUACCCAGACAAGGCCUUGAUAGACUUAUUGGCGAUAUGAGUCUAAAGGGAAAUUCUCAGUGCGAUCAUAUGCCCAUGCCCUGUCCCAAGGGGUUUGGAGCCCCUCCAAAGGGUGGUUGGUAUGGAAAUUAACACUGAUUGGCAAAAGGCUGCAUCUAGUUUGUUGGUUUCAAUAGGUGCACGUUUACCUGACCUGAUGAUGGAUGAAAUUUUUAGUAGUCUAUCUGGGCAUCAUUCUGCUCUCCCCACCAUGGUUCAAACACUAGCAGAUUUUGCUUCUGCAGAUGGUAUCAUAUCAUUCACUUCACAAUUUACCCCACGAUUAAAGGGUGUUUUAUCUCGAGUAUUGCCCAUUCUUGGAAGUGUGAAGGAUGCCUUGCGACCAAUUUUUGCACAUGCAUUUAAAUGUUGGUGCCAGGCCGUUUGGCAAUUUUGUGGAGACUUCCCUUCUGACCCAUAUCUUGAUAAUGAUGUUCUAUCAUUUUUACAUUCAGUUUUUGAGCUCCUAUUGAGGGUCUGGGCCAGUUCUCGUGAUAUGAAGGUCCGCCUGGCUACUGUCGAAGCAUUGGGGCAGAUGGUUGGUCUCGUUAGCAGGACACAGCUAAAGGCCGCUCUUCCCAGACUUAUCCCUACUAUUUUAGAAUUGUACAGAAAGGACCAUCAGUCUGCCUUUAUAGCUACCUGCGCCUUGGAUAAUCUCUUAGAUGCCUCCUUAUUGUCAGAAAGUGGUCCUCCUCUGCUUGAGUUUGAGGAACUUACAAUUGUUCUGUCCACACUUCUUCCAGUGACUUGCAUAUGCAAUGAUGAAAGUGAGAAGUCACUAGUCGCAGUGAAACGGAAGACUUAUAAUGCAAUCCAACAUUGCUUUCUGACAGUCGGUUCAGUUUAUCCGGAAGAAUUGUUCAUGUAUCUCUUGAAUAAAUGUAAACCGAGGGAGGAAUCUUGUACAUUUGGAGCUCUUUGUGUCUUAAAGCAUCUGUUACCCAGGUUAUCUGAAACUUGGCAUGGAAAAAUUGAAUCACUUGUUGAGACUGUGAAAUCACUUUUAGAGGAUCAAAGCGUUGGUGUCCAGAAGGCACUUGCCGAGUUGAUUGUGGUCAUGGCUUCACAUUGUUACUUGGGAGGUCAAUAUGGAGAACUGUUCAUUGAAUACCUCGUGCGCCAUUGUGCAAUUACUGAAGCAGAUGUUGCAGGUUGUGACCCCCAAAAGGUGGCAGUUCAGAAUUUCCCAUUUAAGAAAUCAGAGGUGAAGGCUGGAGGUGUCUGUCCAUUUGAGUUGAGAAUGAUAUGUGAAAAGGGGCUGCUUCUUCUUGCUAUCACCAUUCCUGAGAUGGAGCCAAUCCUCUGGCCUUGCUUGUUGAAGAUGAUCAUCCCAAGGAAGUAUACUGGAGCGGUUGCAAUUGUGUGUAGAUGUAUUUCAGAAUUGUCUCGACAUAGAUCAUCAUAUGCUAGUUUGACCGAAAGUAUCGCACACACAGAUAUUCCAAUUCCUGAGCAGGAACUGUUUGCACGCUUGGUGGUUCUUUUGCAUGAUCCCCUUGCAAGGGGGCAGCUAUCUACUCAGAUUCUUACGGUCUUGUGUUGUUUGGCUCCACUUUUUCCAAAGAAUGUUAAUCUAUUUUGGCAAGAUGAGAUCCCUAAAAUGAAGGCAUAUAUCAGCGAUACUGAGGACCUCAAACAAGACAGUUCCUACCAGGAGACUUGGGAUGACAUGAUUAUCAAUUUUUUUGCAGAAUCUUUGGAUGUGAUUCAAGAUAUUGAUUGGGCAAUGUCUUUGGGAAAUGUUUUCUCCAAGCAAUACUUGCUUUAUAUAGGUGAUGAUGAACAUUCAGCACUACUUCAUAGGUGUCUCGGAAUGCUCCUACAAAAAGUUGAUGGUAGAAGUUAUGUUCGUGAAAAGAUAGAUUUGAUGUACAAACAUGCGAAUAUUGCAAAUGGAACAAACAGAAUUGGUCUCGCUAAAGGCAUGGGGUUGGUUUCUGCUUCACAUUUGGAUACCGUUCUGGAAAAGCUUAAAUCGAUUUUGGAUGGGGUUGGGCACAACAGGUUUCAAAGGUUUCUUUCCUUCUUCUCCAACAGAGCUAAAACCCAAGAUGCUGAUGAUGUUUAUGCUGCUUUAGCUUUGAUGUAUGGAUAUGCAGCGAGAUAUGCACCAUCUACUAUCAUAGAAGCCCGAAUCGAUGCACUUGUGGGAACAAACAUGCUUUCUCGUCUUCUUCAUGUACGACAACCUGCUGCAAAGCAAGCUGUUAUUACUGCCAUUGAUUUGUUAGGUCGUGCAGUUAUACAUGCUGCUGAAGGAGGGAUCUCCUUCCCAUUGAAAAGGCGAGAUCAAAUGCUGGAUUACAUACUAACUUUGAUGGGUAGAGAUGAAUACGAUGGUGCGGUUGAUUUAAGUCUUGAACUGCUCCAUACGCAGACCCUUGCUUUGAGUGCAUGCACUACCUUGGUUUCUGUGGAGCCAAAGCUUACAAUAGAAACAAGAAAUCUUAUACUGAAGGCAACCUUAUGUUUCUUUGCAUUGCCAAAUGAUCCACCAGAUGUCGUUGAUCCACUCAUAAAGAACCUUAUAACACUUCUUUGUGCCAUUCUUCUAACAAGUGGAGAUGACGGGAGAAGCAGAGGAGAACAACUUUUGCAUAUAAUGAGGAGUGUUGAUCAGUAUGUUUCCUCUGCCGUGGACCAUCAACGGGCUAGAGGAUGCCUUGCAGUUUAUGAACUGCUGGUUAAAUUCCGUACCCUUUGUUCAAGUGGGUAUUGUGUUCUUGGAUGCUCUGGAAGCUGCAUGCACUUGCAUCAAAUUACAGAGAGGAUUGCCUCAAGAAACUCGUCUAGUUUAACAUCAACAUUCUUGUUGCCAACCCGAGACUCGUUGUACCUGGGAGAAAGGACCAUUGUCUAUCUUCCUCGCUGUGCAGAUACUAGCUCCGAAGUUAGAAAGAUUUCUGCCCAGAUUCUUGAUCUAUUUUUCACUAUAGCUUUAUCACUUCCUAGGCCGGUUGGGUCCCCUCUUAGUGAACACAUAGAGCAGUCGUACAGUGCGUUGUCUGCACUUGGAGAUGUCAUUGCGAUUCUCAAGAGUGAUGCAUCGAUUGACCCAUCAGAGAUCUUCAACAGAAUUGUCUCCUCUGUUUGUGUUCUUCUAGCAAAAGAAGAGCUUGCUGUUAUAUUGCAUGGAUGCACGAUCUCUAUCUGCGACAAAGUCAAACUAUCCGCAGAAGGCUCUGUUGGGGCUAUAAUGGAGUUCAUUUUGAAAAGAGGCAAUGAGCUAAAUGAAAAUGAUGUUUCAAGGACAACACAAUCUUUAAUUUCUGCUACAAUAUAUGUUACAGAUAAGCAUUUGCGCCAAGAAGUCCUUGCUGCUAUAUGUUGCCUGGCCGAGCAAACAAAUCCAAAAGUUGUUUUUUUCGAGGUACUAAUUGCAGCUGAGAGGGAUAUAGUUACAAAGGACAUAUCUUGGUUGCGAGGUGGCUGGCCAAUGCAAGAUGCCUUUUAUACAUUUUCCCAGCAUUCAGUACUUUCAGAAUUAUUUUUGGAGUACAUAGUAUCUGAACUCAACAACCAUACACCAGACCAAGGAGGUGAUUCUGAGAAAGGAGAUUCUGUCAGGCACUUGGCUGAAGUCUGUAAUGAUGACGAGAUUCCACAGGCUGCUAUUCUUGCACUUACUGCUUUCUUCAGAGGUGGUGGGAAAACUGGGAGAAGAACGGUGGAACAGAGUUAUGCUGCCGUGCUUUGUGCACUAAUUCUCCAAUUAGGAAAUUGUCAUGGGUGGGCAGAAACUGGUCAACAACAUUCACUUAGGACUUUGUUGCCUGCUUUUUAUUCCUUUUGUGAAUGUGUUGGGGAUCUUGAAAUGGGGAAGAUUUUGGCUAGGGAUGGAGAACAGAUUGAAAAUGGAAGGUGGAUCAACCUUAUAGAAGACUUGGCAAGUUGUGUCGCCAUGAAAAGACCUAAAGAGGUUCAUCCUAUAUGUAACAUUUUGUCAAAGGCCUUGAAUCGUAGCCAAAAGUUCCAGAGAGAAGCCGCUGCAGCAGCAUUGUCACAGUUUGUUCGAUAUAGUGAUGGGUCUGGCUCUUUAUUGGAGCAUCUUGUAGAAGUUCUCUGUUUACAUGUUGCAGAUGAGUCAGCAACAGCAAGGCGUCUAUGUUUGGUGGGGCUGGUGCAGGCUUCUGGGCUUCAUGUGGAUCAGUAUGCUUUUCAAGUUCUUGGAGUAAUACUAGUCUUACUUGAAGAUCCAGAUGAAGGCGUUGCACUAUCUACAUCACAAAGCUUACUAAAGGUUCUUCAGACCUUUCCAAGGGAUGUUGUAGCUCCUAGUUUAAUCAACCUCUCCAUACGUUUGCGCAAUCUCAUAAUCUCCAUGAAUGGAAAAGUGCGAGCUUCUUCCUUUGCAGCUUUUGGAGCUCUAAGCAAGUAUGGUACUGGUGCAUUGCAUGAAGCCUUUCUGGAGCAGGUGCAUUCUACAUUGCCACGUAUGAUACUCCAUCUACAAGAUGAUGAGGCUAGUGUCCGGCAAGCAUGCAAGAGUGCUCUUCAACAAAUUUUGCCCUUGCUGGAUGUGGAGGAUAUAUCAUCUCUCAUCAAUACUAAUUGCUUCAAUUCAGACCAUAGGAGCGAUUAUGAAAAUUUUGUAAGGGAUAUUGCAAGACACAUCUGCCAGAAUUUAGCUGCCAGGGUUGAUACAUACAUGGCAUCAGCAAUCCAGGCUUUUGAUGCACCCUGGCCAGUCAUCCAGGCAAAUGCAUUGUAUUUUGUUGGAAGCAUGCUAUCUCACUUGGGAGAGCAACGCUCUUUGGCUCCCUAUGUAACACAGCAGGUCUUUGGGUUGCUAAUAGGAAAGAUGAGUCGGUCAUCAGAUGCUAUUGUUCGAGCCAAUUGCUCUCCAGCCCUGAGCAUGCUAUUGAAAGCCACCCAUGCACUCACAUGGAGCGUUUAACAGUUUGCUUUCUUCAGAGCAUGAGGCUGCUGCGGAUAUUGUAAAUCAUGUGUACAAUCAUAUAACCUUGCAGCCAAUAUUGUAUAUGUGUAUGUAACAUGUACUUUUGUAUCAUAGAUGUUUUCUGUUUAUGUAAGUUUUGAGCCAAUGCUUAUUAAUU